AUGGUAGACCUGUGUUCGAAGUGGACGGAGGCGGUGCCGAUCCCUAAGAUGACACCAAGAACAUUAAUCGAUUUCUGUGAAACAGUCUUUCAGCGAUGGGGUUACCCGGAGAUGGUGAUCAGCGACAACGGACCGACGUUUAAGAGCAACUUAUGUAUUCGAUACUUGCAACAUAAAUAUAUCUUUCAAUAUUACUCACCGGUAUAUCACCAGCGGGCCAAUCCGGUGGAACGAAGAAAUCAGGAGUUAAAGAAACUCCUCCGGAUUGGCUGCCAGCGAACCACCGAAGACCGGUGGGACGAACAUGUUGCUCCAGCGUUAUUAACCUUAAGAAAUCGAGUGAAUGCCGCGACUGGGGUCAGUCCGAGAGUGGCCCUGCUAGGAGCUCCGAUCACUCAGCCAGGCGAGUGGGGCCACCCGGAAGUGAGAAGACCUGUCCAAAACGAUCCCAUGCAACGGGAAGAGAGAUUGAGGGAUAUCCGACGAAGUCAAGAAUCCUUUAACCGGGAUCAUUAUCCUAGAAAUGAGCGGCCGAAGGUCCAAUUCCGAGUGGGGGAUAAAGUAUUGACAAGAAACCCGACUGGCGUACGAACGCCAUUAGGCCCCCCUUGGGUUGGACCAUAUACCGUGGUCAGAGUAUGUGGAAUGAACGUAUAUGAGAUGGGACAUCCCCAAAUUGAAGAGGUGAAUGAGGAUCCCAUGCACCUGCCCAGAAUUGAAUCGGAACCCGACCCCGAACGAGGAAUGGACCCAGUCAGUGAGGGAGACGAGGAUGAAACGUCGGAAUCGGACACCGACGACGACCAGGACGGCACGCGUAUCCCGACUCAGAUCCAGAAGAUCCCCCUCUACGACGGAAAUCCGAUUACCCACUGA